CUAUGUUAAUCUACACUGUCUGGUUUACACUUAGGAAUGAUUUUUUUUUAUUCUGUUUUAGUUUCUAUUUUUUUAUGGUUUUUUCCCCUAUAUAUUUAUUACCUUUCCUGUAUCUCCUUUGAUAAUAAGUUUUUCACAUCUUUCUCAUCCUUUCUUUUCCCGGGUCUCUCCUUCCUCUUUUCUCUCCUUUAUUAGCUUUCUUCUUUCACUAUUGCAUAAUAAUUAUGUGAUGGUAUCGGAAGAAAUUUCCGCUGUUUUCUAACUUUCUGCAUCCUUGUUCUUAUUUUUUUUUCUCCCUUUUUAAUGGCAACCACUUAAUCCCAUCUCUUAAGCCAUGAUAACAUCCAUUCAUAUCUUUACCUUCACCCCAAUGAAAACCCUGUCAUAUCCCUUGUAUCAUCCGUUCUUAACACCACAAAUUAUCAUUCCUGGAGCAUAUCUUUCGUUACGGCUCUUUCUUCCAAGAACAAGGUAGAAUUUGUUCUUGGAUCAGCUAUUCAACCUGCAAAAACGGAUGCUUUCUUCCCUGUUUGGAUCUGCUGCAAUAGUAUGGUGGUUUCAUGGCUCCUGCAUUUUGUUUCUCCUUCCAUCCGUGAAAGCUUAAUAUGGAUGGAUCAUGCUGUUGAUAUAUGGAAUGACUUGAAAAAUCGAUUUGCCCAAGGUGAUCUUGCUCGCAUUUCAACAUUACAAAUGGAAGCUGCCACCAUGUCCCAAGGCGAGCUCUCCGUCACCGAAUUCUUCACCAAACUCAGAGUUAUUUGGGAUGAACUUGACAACUUCCGUCUAGAUCCCGUCUGCAUUUGUCAGCACAAAUGUUCUUGUACAGUUUCUUUGAUACUCUCUCAACGGAAACAUGAAGAUCGUGCCAUGCAACUCUUACGAGAUUUUUUUUCACUUGUUAUUCAACAAGAACGUCAAUUAGUGACCGACCAUGUUACUACCCCUGUGAAAACCAAUUCUUUUUCUAAUCUCUCUUCUUCACCGAACGGUUCUACUCUUGUUACUUGCACCUACUGCAAUCGGGUUGGUCAUCAAGAAAACACCUGCUUCAAAAAACAUGGUUUUCCUAGUCAAGAUCACCGUUCGGUCAAAACUACAAAUAAUAAUACUCGUAAAAUCUGCACUUAUUGUCAUAAAACUGGGUACACCAUAGAUGUUUCCUUCAAGAAACAUGGCUAUCCUCCUGGUCAUAAACCCUUCAACAACAAGAUCGGCCAGAUUCACAAUGUUGUUUCAUCCACUCAUGGUGAUCGUCAACCGAACGACUUGGAUCAAGAACGACCUUCUGCCGAGACUGUUCAACUCACACCUCAGCAAUAUCAGAUUCUCGCAGAAUUAUUCAAACAAUAUGAGCCUAACGGUUCUAAUGUGCACAUUAAUCAAGUCGGAACACUCUCCACAAACACUUCUCCAGGUAAUAUUGUUUCAGCUCUUCAAGUGCAUUCUGUUAAUACUUGGCUUCUUGAUUCUCGUGCCACCGAUCAUAUUUGCAUCUCUUUAAAAUUCUUUUCUUUUUACCAAAAGAUUAUUCCUAUUCCCGUAACUUUACCAAAUGGCAAAAUUAUACAUGCUCAUUAAAAGGAUACCGUUCGGUUCAAUCCUAAGUUUUGUCUUUCUAUUGUCCUCUGUAUUCUUGAUGUUUCUUUCAAUCUUAUCUCUGUUUCACAGCUUAUUGCAAAUCUUAUUUGCACAUUAAUUUUUUCUCCUUCUGGCUGCAUUAUGCAGGACACACAAAGUCAAGAGAAGAUUGGUUUGAUUAGACAUCACAAUGGCUUAUAUUUUUUUGACUCAACUGCCUGUAAACAUGAUACUAGUUGUAAUUCUUUAAUUUGCUCUAUUCAGAAUCCAAACUUAUGGCAUGCUCGUCUUGGACACCUUUCAAAUGACAGGUUACAUCUUUUAAAAACCAAACAUGCUUAUAUACAAAAUGAUACUCAGAUUCCUAUGAUGCGUGUCAUCGAACUAAACAAAAGAAACUCCCUUACACUACUAGUAAAUCUCAUUCAUUGUCUUCUUUUGAUCUGUUGCACAUUAAUAUAUGGGGUCCUUGUAUUGCUUCUAUGAAUUGUUUUAAAUACUUGUUAACUAUAGUUGAUGAUUUUUCUCGCUACACCUGGGUUAUACCUAUGUUAGAUAAAUCUUC